AUGGCCUCCUCUAUUCGUCUCGCCACCCCCACCACCGCCCACCACUUUUCCUCCACCACCACAACCACCUCGCCACCCCUUUCCCUUUCACCGCCAUUAAAACCCAAACUCAAAACCCCUACAAUUCGUUCCCGCCUAAGCAAAAUAUGCCAGGAAGGCCAACCUCACUUAGCCCACCAACUGUUCGACACAAUUCCCCGCCCAACUACCGUCGUUUGGAACACCAUCAUUAUCGGUUUUAUUUGCAACAAAAUGCCACAAGAUGCCAUUUUGUUCUAUGCCCAGAUGAAAAAAUCCGCUCCUUAUACUGUGUGUGAUAACUAUCCUUACUCUUCGGCUCUCAAGGCUUGUGCCGCAAAACACAAUUUGGAAAUCGGUAAAGCUGUUCAUUGCUUUAUUAGGGGCUUAUUGAACCCCGGUAGGAUUGUGUAUAACUCUCUGUUGAAUAUGUACGCUACUUGUUUGAGUUCUGUGGUGGAUAGUGAAAUUGGUCGGUGUGGUUAUUCUGAUUUUGAUUAUUCAAAGUAUGAUUUAGUUUGUAAAGUGUUUGAUACAAUGAAAAGGAGAAAUGUUAUUGCGUGGAAUACUAUGGUUUCAUGGUACGUAAAGACAGAGAGGUAUGCAGAAGCGGUUAGGCAAUUUAGGAUGAUGAUGAUGAAGGGAAUUAGACCCAGUACUGUUAGUUUUGUUAAUGUUUUCCCGGCUUUGUUGAGUUUAGGGGACUAUAAGAAUGGUAACGUACUUAAUGGAUCGCUUGUUAAAUUGGGAAGUGAAUAUUUGAAUGAUUUGUUUGUUGUGAGUUCGGCUACUUUCAUGUAUGCUGAGCUUGGUUGUAUUGAUUUCGCUAGGAAGAUUUUUUACUGUUGUUUGGAGAGAAAUACUGAGGUUUGGAACACUAUGAUCGGUGGGUAUGCACAGAGUAGUUCUCCUGUUGAAGCUAUUGAGCUUUUCAUUGAAGCUAUGUUAUCAGAUGAAAUUGAUUUUGAUGAGGCGACUUUUUUAUCGGUCUUAACUGCAGUUUCACAGUUGCAGCGAUUGAACUUAGCUUAACAGCUGCAUGCCUAUAUAAAGAAUUUGGCAACAUUGCCAGCUAUAGUAUUAUAUGCAAUUAUUGUCAUGUAUUCAAGAUGCGGCUUUGUCCAUACAUCAUUUAAGGUUUUUGAUAAUAUGCUGGAAUGGGAUGUUGUUUCUUGGAAUACAAUGAUUUCUGCUUCUGUUCAGAAUGGAUUGGAUGAUGAAGGAUUAAUUCUUGUGUAUGAGAUGCAGAAACAACAAUUUAUGAUUGAUUCUGUUACUGUUACUGCAUUGAAAGGAAAUACGUGGACGAGUGGACAUAAAAAGUCAAACUUAUCAUUUUCUCAUUAG